AUGGACACCCUCACCACUCCUCCGCCUCUCCCGCCGCCCACCCUCGCGAACGGCACUGCCUCGCACGCCCAGCCAAGCACGAGCACACACGCACACUCUUUGAAAGACCCACAGCCCGAUCCGGCACUCGAGCGCGAACUCCCCGUCAUUCUGCAGGACCUCGUCCCCCUCAGCUACAUCAUCGACCGCGUUGUCGCACAGGCUUAUUCGGACCUCGCCAACCUCGUAGAGACUCUGCCGAGCCAGAAUGACCAGGCGAGGAAGCGAGCGAUUGUCGACUAUGUCCUCCAGACCAGGAGGCAGGUCGUCAAGCUGCUCGUGUUGGCGAGAUGGAGCACCGAGGCAGAGCGGAUACAGCGGGCCAUGAACAUCGUCGGCUUUCUCUCGAUGCAGAAUCAUACCCUCGAGUCCACUAUCGCCUCCCUCACCGACACACGCACGAUGCUUUCCGGCGCGCGGGUACGAAACUACGACCUCUCGACCGCUCUCGCCGUUCUCUCAACUGGCACGUACACCGGCCUACCUGCAUCGAUGCGAGAAGGGUUCGAGGAGGGGGCGGAGAAGAUGGGCGAUGAGGAGGUUAUCGACACGCUGAGAGAGGUGGAUGAAGUGAUCCGCUGGCGGCUAGUGAUGGGGAAGGAGUACGUCCCGGAAGAUAUGCGGCGACGGAUAUGGAGAGUUUGCGACGGGCGAGUGGUGUUUGGAGUCGAGGGAUUGUGGGAGGCAAGUUUUACGUACGGCGGCGGAAAGGAGGAUCCGAACGAGGACGAAGACGACGAGCGUGCAGAGGAGGGAGCCGAGUGGUUUCUCCUCGGCGUCAAAUUCUUGUUUCGCGUCAAAGACGCUCGAGGGGUCUGGUCCUCGACGCCCCUCGGUCCGCUCAAGGACCACCUCAUCGACCUCUGUAACCGACAACUUUUGCGACGGCCUUACCUCCUUCCUCCGCCCGAACCUCCUCAACCUCCUCAACCGAUCGAUGGGCAACCACCGCCUGAGGCAGAUGCGGACCAGGAGGAAAAGGCGAAGAAGUGGGAGGAGGAGCGAAGAGAAGUGACCAAGAAGAGACGGCGAGACAGGCCGUUGAAUCGGGCGUACACCUUUCUCCAACGCCUCGCACUGUCAUACCAGCUCGAGGCGGUCCACGCGAGCGCGGCGAGACUGGCGCAGACGAGCUGGAAGGGGAGUCUGCGAGUUGAGCGGGCGGGUCAGGAGAGGGAGGAAGUGAGGAUCGAGUAUUGGAGCUACCGACCUGACGGCUCGAGCACUGCACGACAAACCCCUUCUACCGCAUCUCGCCCUGGUCCCGGCAGCACGAUCAUCUUCUCCCUUCGAACACCAUCUCACUCGUCUAUGUCUUCCGACGCACCGGCCGCACCCCGGCUCUCAUCGACUUCUCGCCAAUCAGUCCGCGAACGUGCUCUCCGCGCGGCUCUUGCGAAAGCUUCCUCGUCCGAUUCUGCCACUCGCCCAGCUCCAGACACAUCACCAGCGACAGAAGCGGACGACCCGUCCUCGGAUCCCGACGUCCCCUCCCGCCUGUCCGUGACAUGGCUUCCUCCUUCCUCCUACGCCUCGUCCUACGCCUCGUCCUCCGCCUCAUUCGACCUGUCGGCCCUGCUAGGCUCGGACCUCGACGUGGAAGCUGUCAUUCGACAUGUGACGGCUCGACACGCGCGGGAGACGGUCGAGAGACUGGCGGAAGUCGUAAUCGUACAGGGCGGAGAGGGGACGAAAGGCGCGCGGGUGGUCUAUCCUUCGGAGCAGGAGAAUGCAGAAGGUGCGAUGGAAGCACAGGAGGUCCCGUACCUUCAUUUCCCGCUCGUCGGUCCUCAUGCAGUUUCGGCGCACAUCGUCCCCACGACCGGGCGAUUCGAGUUCCGACUCGCUUUCGCCUCCUCCGCCGCAGAAGCAGGUUCAGGAGACGAUGGAGGGAUGGAAGAAGGCGAAGGAUCGGCCGCAAGGGAACAGAGGUUGAGGCUGGCGACUGAGCGGAUCGAGAAGGAGCGAUAUGGCGUUGCGCAGGCGGGGCAGCAGGCAAAUGCGGCAGGGGAAGAUGGCUGGAUGAGGGCGGUUGCGGACGUUGUUGCGCGAAUUCGUGCUUCCACCAUCCUCGACGACCUCGAAUCACUUGUCUCGCUCCUUUCGCUCCCUCUCGCCUCUCCUCCGACACGCCGCCUGCCCCUCGCACCGCGCGAGUACUCCAAACUCGGCCCGAACCCCGCCGCUCUCACCGGUCGCGCCGCACACCUCUUCGUCCCGCUUCUGCGUUCGACGUCCGGUUUGAUGAAGGAUUGGUUCGUCGUGCUCGUGUUGUUCGACGAGGGCGUUCGGGCGGCGUUGGUCAGGACGGAAGAGAGGAGCGAUGGGAUGGGCAGCUGGUUGGAGAUUGGCGAGGUUGGGUGGAUUGGGGGAGCGAGCGUGAAGACGAAGGGGAAGGAGCGAGCUGGGGAAGCAGGCGUCGAAGCAGGGGUUGCGGGGACUGACCUUGGGUACGAGAUCAAGGCCGAGACGCUGAGAAGCCUGUGGUGGCACUGCGUCCAUCGAGUCGCCCUCUUCAAGGUCGAACAGCAGCUCCACUCGCGCCGGAUCCCCUAUCGCCUCGUCCACCCCUCGACGGACGACGCGACCUCCACGCCUUCUCCCUUGAUCGCCAAGCCUCGGAAGGCGGCACAACUCGCUGUUCAGCCGGCAGGCUUGCUCGCCUUGCCAGACGCGGCGAAGAUUGCAGAAGGCGAGGGAGCAGUGCUGUGUCUUGUUGGCGACAGCGGGCUUCUCAGGACUACGCUUCAUGUCCGGCUACGACCGUCCAUCGCCUCGUCCCUCUUCUCACCGUCGAUCAAACUUCCUCCGAACGUCCUCUUCAACCCUUCAAGCGGCGACCUCAUCCUAGCGACUGAAGACGACCUGGAUGGCGCGGUCGAGCGAUUACUGCGCGCUUACGCUGUCCUCGCGCGAGCGCUCCUCGCCGCCUAUCGCGAACGAGGGACGCCAGACAAGCGGCCCUCGACGACUGCAGCUUCGCUGAAGAAGGCCUCUUUCGCCCAGCAGAUCAACGGGCUCAAGCCAGGCGGAUAA